AUGAGAAACAGAAAUUUAAUAGAUGUAUUAGCCAAAAAAACAGAAGAAUUAACCAAAAAUGAUGAUAUUAUUUUUAAAUAUAAUAGAAAUAUUCAUAAAGCUAAUAAAUGUAAUGAGUUUAGAUUUGGAGCUAAAGUCUUAAUUGUUUACUUGUUCAUCUUUGCUGUUUUUUGCUUACACAUUUAUUAUCAAAUUUGA